AUGUCAGAUCCCAACACAACCGACUUCACCAACCCCUCCACCUUCAUCUUGUUGGGUGUUCCUGGCCUGGCGGCGGCCCAUGUCUGGAUCUCCAUCCCCUUCUGCACCAUGUACAUCAUAGCCAUCUUGGGGAACUUCACCAUCCUGUUCAUUGUGAAGAUAGAGCCAAGCCUCCAUGGGCCCAUGUACUAUUUCCUCUGCAUGCUGGCUGUCACUGACCUGGUCCUGUCUACGUCCAUCCUGCCCAAAACGCUGAGCAUCUUCUGGUUCAAUUCCACGGAGAUUGAUUUCAGUGCCUGCUUCACCCAGAUGUACUUCAUUCACUGCUUCACAGCGAUGGAGUCUGGAAUCCUCGUGGCCUUGGCUUUGGAUCGGUAUGUGGCCAUCUGUGAUCCCCUGAGACAUUCCACCAUCCUGACAAACGCUGUGGUGGCCAAGAUUGGCCUGGCUGUGGUGCUGCGCGGCAUCACGCUAAUGCUGCCCUUUCCCUUCCUGGCGAGGCUGUGGCCAUAUUGCAGAACCAACAUCAUCCCUCACACGUACUGUGAGCACAUUGCUGUGGCGAAGCUGGCCUGCGCCGACAUCCGCAUCGGUAAUUACUAUGGCCUCUUUGUGGUAAUCUCUGUGACUUGUCUGGACGUGCUUUUUAUCACUAUGUCCUAUACUCAGAUCAUCAGGGCUAUCUUCAGCCUGCCCACAAAGGACGCCCGGCUCAAGACUUUGGGGACCUGCAGCUCCCACCUCUGUGUCAUCUUAGCCUUUUACAUCCCAGGUCUCUUCUCCUUCCUCACACAGCGGUUUGGCCACAACGUGCCCCUUCAUUUCCAUGUUCUCAUGGCCAACAUGUACCCCCUGGUGCCUCCCAUGCUAAACCCCAUCAUCUACGGGGUGAGGACCAAACAGAUCCGGGACAGGCUGCUCCGGCUCUUUACUCGUAAAGGGACCUAA